AUGGAACCAUUGAAUAUUAACCCCAAUUUACCAUGUUUACGUGCUUUGACAAAUUCUCGCAGAGGAAAACGACGUUUAUCAUGUAGUAGUCCAUGUUCUAGAAGUACUCAUUCGUCACCUAGGUUAUCUCCAACACAAUCUAAAAAUGUUAUUCCAAUACCAAUUCUUAUCGAGUUAUGCAUGUAUCCGGAUGAAGAUUAUUCAUAUCAAACAAUGAAAAUUUUACUGUCACCACGUUAUCAUUAUUCACCAAAUGUAUGUGAUGAAUUUGGUUGUAAUGUACUUAUGUAUACGCUUCGCUAUCAACGUUAUGAAUUAUUUGAUUUUUUAUUAAAUGAAGCAUCAUUUGAUAUUGACCUUCGGUCGAAAGAUCGACAAGGUAAUACAAUACUGCAUUAUGCUGUUAUUUAUGGAAAAGAUGCUACACAAAUAAUAGAAAAUUUAAUUCAAAAAUUUAUGAAAUUCGGUAUUGAUGUUGAUGCGAGAAAUAUUUUGGGAUUUACACCAUUACUUUUAGCGAUGUUUUGUGGACGAUACGAUGUUGUUUUAACUUUAUUAACUAAAACAGAUGCAUCGCCAUUCGUCGGAGAUUAUGUUCAAUCAAUGAAUAUACUUGACUUUGUUGAAAUCGAUAGAAAACAUAAAGCACUUCUCGAUACAAUUGAAAAUAGUCGUCCACAUUCACAAUAUCCUCGUAUGAAUCGUGAAUUGACUCGUUUAAAUAUACAACUUUAUAAAACUCUUCCAUGUCGAUCAGAAACUCUAUGCCAAACUAUUCAAAUUCAUCAUUCGGUGAAUUUUUUUAAAGAUAUUUUUCCACAAGCUGUUCAUGACCGUUCAGGCCUAAUUCGUUUAACAAUUUUAAAAAUGAUUGAUAAAAAAUACUCUUCAUCAAAUUUAACACACCUUGUUCAAUAUGUAAAUCAACGUUAUCCACACAUAAGUACGUUAAGAAAUUUAGAUAAUUCACAACGCAAACCAACACCAAAAUUAGUAACAAAAAUUGUUUCUCAAUGUGAAAAUUCUAAAACAAAUGUACACAACAUUUUCAACUUAUUCGAUCCUGAUUUACGACCUAAAGCUAUGAUGCCAAAAGUGUUAACGACAGCACAUUCACAACUAUUAGCAACAAAUGCUAGAGCACCAAACACAUUCAAACGACUAGGCACUAAACUAACAGUAAUUGCUGCUCUGUCUCGAUCUCAAACUACCAAUAAAGCGUUUGACUCGAUUAAAACAGGCGGUGCUAAAUAA